AGUCAUCCCGCUUUUCCAAAAUGGCGGAAGGUCAGGAUAGUUCGAAGAAAAUUAAUCUUACUGUAAAAACACCGAAGGAAAAACAGACUAUCGAAGUAGAGGAAAAUGCGUCAAUAAAAGAUUUUAAGGAACUGGUUGCAAAAAAAUUCAGUGCUGAACCUGAUCAGUUAUGUUUGAUUUUUGCUGGGAAAAUUAUGAAAGAUCAUGAAACUUUACAAACUCAUAAUAUUAAGGAUGGGCUGACUGUGCAUCUUGUGAUUAAGACUAGCUCCCGAACAUCUAACGAUCAGACAGGUUCGGGGCCACAACCAAGAGCACCAGCGGACAUUAGUGCAACACCCUUUGGUCUUGGCUCGCUGGGUGGUCUGGCAGGUUUGGAGAGUCUUGGAAUGGGUUCUGCCAACUUCAUGGAACUCCAGCAACGCAUGCAGAGAGAACUGCUGGGAAAUCCAGAUAUGAUGCGGCAGGUUCUAGAUAAUCCCUUGGUACAGCGAUUGAUGAAUGACCCUGAAAAUAUGCGAAAUCUUAUCACAUCUAAUCCACAAAUGCAAGAACUUAUGGAGAGAAACCCUGAGAUAAGCCAUAUGCUAAACAACCCAGAUCUUCUGCGACAAACUAUGGAGUUGGCUCGUAACCCUUCCAUGCUACAAGAAUUGAUGAGAAAUCAUGAUCGUGCCAUUUCUAAUUUGGAAUCUAUUCCUGGUGGUUAUAAUGCUCUUCAGCGGAUGUACAGAGACAUUCAGGAACCAAUGUUAAGUGCAGCCAGUGAACAGUUUGGAAGAAACCCAUUUGCAGGACUGGUGGAGAGUGGUAGUAACGCUGAUGGUACAAACCCACAGCAAGGGCAGGAAAAUCGUGAUCCUCUUCCAAAUCCUUGGUCAGCUGCUGGGGGUGAAACUGGUGGGACAGGUGGUAGAAGUGCUAGUACUCGCCCAUCUGGGCUUCUCAACUCUCCUGGGAUGCAAAGUCUCAUGCAGCAGAUGAUGGAAAAUCCACAGCUGAUGCAAAAUAUGCUUUCUGCUCCAUACACACAGUCGAUGUUGCAAGCAUUUGCAGCUGAUCCAAAUAUGGCUGCCCAGGUUGUGAAUAGCAAUCCCUUGUUUGCUGAUACUCCAGCUCUGCAGGAGCAAAUUAGGUUGAUGUUGCCCAACUUCCUACAGCAGUUACAGAAUCCUGAGGUUCACAACCUGAUGUCGAAUCCACAGGCUUUAGGAGCAUUGAUGCAGAUUCAGCAAGGAGUGGAACAGUUGCGUAAUGUGGCUCCAGGAUUAGUAAAUAGUAUGGGACUAGGACCUUUGCCUCCGUUUGGUGGAGGGGGGCCAGGCACAACCCCAGCCUCUCCAGCAGCACCAGUAACACCAAAUGCCACACAAGGCACAGAUGCACCAGCAAGUCCUGGUACUGAGACAACAGCCUCUUCUACACCUACAACCACCACCACAACCUCUACAACAGCAGGUACAGGAAGUGCUCCUUCACAGACCUCCAAUCCUCAGCAGGAUGUGUUCUCCCAGUUUAUGGCCAGAAUGAUUUCCAGCAUGUCUGCUCAAAGUGGAGCCAAUAACCAGCCACCAGAAGAGAGAUACCAUGCUCAGCUUGAGCAGCUUACGGCAAUGGGUUUUGUGAACAGGGAUGCAAACCUUCAAGCUCUGAUUGCAACAUUUGGUGACAUCAAUGCUGCAGUAGAGAGGUUGCUGCAGAGCAGGCAGAUGUCGCAAAGCUAACAACACUCCCUUGCUAAUGAGAACACUGUUUCCAUUGAUUUCUGUAUAUUAAUUAAAUGGGCUACUUCCACAUGCAGACAGGAGGCCGCUGCUGCUGUAUGUAAUGAUAAAGUUGGUUUUGAACAACAGCUGAAUUGCUUACCCCUUUCUUGGAUAAUAAACAGGGUUGCUAUUCGGUAUUGAUGUUUGUUGAAAAUUUAUUUAUAGUCAAUAGAAGAAGAAAUUUAUAGCAUCCAGGGUUUGCCAACUGUCACCCAUUUUCAGUGGUAUGACCCUGGAAUUGGUAGUUUUUGUCCCAUGGUAAUCAUCAUACUCGCAUUAAUUUGGAAGGUUUCUGUUAUGAUUCGCUCUUAAGUCCAGAUCAUUUUGAACAUUUUGUAUUUGGCGAGUGAUGUGUAGUGGCAAAUGGACUAUGCUGUUUGUUGUACAUAUAAAUGUUAGUCUAAAAAUGGUUUAAGGGAAUUAAGAUAAUGGGAUGUCAGACAUAUCUUUGUAAUUUGUAAUGUUAAUUAAUUACAAAGAUACAUCUGACAUGUCAUUAUCUCAAUCCUUAAAACCAUUUGAGACAAAAAUUUAUGUGUACAACAAAACAGCAUAGUCCACUUACCACUUAAUAUAAUCUAUAUAAAUUAAUUUUGUGUUCCAAAAAAA